UUUUUGUUAUCAAGUCACUGGGUCGCAUCUCUGCAUUAGGAUUUAAGGACAAAUUUCAAACUUUUUCUUGGGUUUUAACCUUGGUGAGAAAAGGGGUCUUGUUGCUUUGGCCUUUUCUUUGCUUUUAUUAUCAGGUGUUAGGAUCACAUCCAUCCAUUUGGAUUUGAGGACAAGAUUGACAAUUAAUACUGGAGAAGACAGAAAGAGGGGUUUUCUUAUUUUGAGCAAAUCUCGAUAUCUUCAUAAUCCUUAGGGCUGGGAACCAGCCUAGCAUGGGGCAGCAAAUGAGACCAGCCAAAAUGCUAAAAUUGCUUGAAUCAGGCCGAAGAAUUCCAGUCAUGGAUGGCUCAGAACAGCAAGAUGUUCAUGCUGCACUGAAUGAUGAGGAAGGGAAAGAUAGAAUCAGCAGUUUACCUGAUUGCAUUCUUCACUAUAUUCUCUCUUUUCUUCCUACCAAGGAGGCUGUAGCAACUGGCAUACUAGCAAGGCGGUGGAAGGAUCUUUGGACUGCUGUUCCAAUUCUGGACUUUGAUGAUUCUAAGCUCUACUCAAGCCAUGUGAACUAUUGGUAUCCAGCUGAGAUCACAAGAUUUAUGAAUUUUGUUGAGAGGGUGCUUCUACUUAGAGAUGUAUCAAACAUUGAAAGGUUCCGACUUUCAUGUCGUGUUUGCUUUAGUGCAUCUCGUGUUCAUGCGUGGAUUUCAGCAGCUAUCAGACAUAAUGUUAAAGAGCUUGAUCUUUGUUUCUUUGUAGAUGAACCUUUUCUAUUGCCUCACCGUGUUUUUAACUGUGGAUCACUCUCAAUCUUAAAUGUAGAAAUGAACAGCAUCAUUCAGCUACCCAAUAGCAUCUCUUGUCCAGGCCUUAAAAUCUUGCACUUGGGUCUUGUCACAUUUCCUGAUGAUAUAUCAACUCAGAGGCUAUUUUCCUCCUGCCCAGUGCUUGAAGAAUUGGCUAUCUUGGAUUGUGAUUGGAUUAAUAUGAGACAUAUUUCCAUCUCGAUUCCCUCACUAAGGAAAUUGAUAAUAGAUGAUUUGCCAACCUUUGAUUCUAGAGAUUACUGUUGGGGCUGUGAAAUUAAAAUUGAUGCUGGAAGCCUCAUAUUCUUUAAGUACAGUGGUUAUCUAAGUAAUGAUAUUCAUCUAAUUGAGGUUUCAUCUUCAGUCAAGGCAUUACUUCACAUUCCAAUGGUGCAAGAAGUGCAAAACCCACUAAUGUAUUCUCGCCUUAUCAAGCUCUUUCUUGAGCUGAAAAAUAUCAGUUCUUUGGGAAUCUCUGGUUGCACCAUUGAGUCCCUCUUUUUCCGUGAAAAGAUGCCAAAUGACCUCCCGGCAUUUCAGAAGUUGACUCGUUUAGAGUUGAGCAUGCAGCUUGGCGUACAUUCUGGUGGAGCAUUGAUGAAAUUUUUACUGCACUUGCCAAAUUUGGAGUCUCUUAAUAUUUCUAAGGGACUUGAUCCUGCCAUGUACCUCACUGAAGAUGAUUGGACACCCAAAUCAGCAGCUAAAAGUUUCAUGUCUAGCCUCAAGACUGUGGUCCUCCGAUGUUUUCAUGGCAACAGUACUGAAGUUUGUCUGUUGGGAUACUUCCUGAAACAUGCAUCUUCCUUGGAGAGAAUGAUUGUGUUUUGUCACAAGAGCCCUUUAGAUGAUUCAAAAGAGCAGGAAGACAUGAAGAAUGAGUUGCAAUCACAUCCAAGAGUAUCAGAAUACUGUAUGAUCAUGUUUUUUUGAACUUCAUGCAGAUUUUGUUUCAAGAACUGGCACUCUUCUGCAAGUGUAGCUGUUGGAUCUCGAUGGAGUAUGAUAAAUAGUUUUGCAAUGGAGUCUGUGAUGGUGACCUUACCGAGCCUCAAAAGGCAAUUUCUGACAAAUUUUUAAGGAAGCUCUUAGUACGAGUGGUUUUAAAAUUUCUUUUGUUGGGGUUAAUUUUGGCAGCUGGUAUAUGUUAAGAUAGGGUUACUGUUGUGGAGAUCAUUUGAGGGUCUGGUUAUAGCAAAUAGAAAUUAGGGUGCACAGGUUUUACUGAUCAGUUGAGAUGCACAGUGGUCUACUCUUGAACUGUUUUUGGUUUACCGUAAAACAUGCAUAAAAGUGGUACACGUUCGAACCAUUGUCAAAAUUUACAGAAUAUGUAUUUUGGUGGAAAAGGUUUGUCGUUGGUAACGAUUUGCCAAUA